CUGUCUGGCAAGGUGGUUUGGUAAUAUACAGUGCACUGUUGUGAUACAGGACACUUUCAAGCCAUUACCCCUGAAUUACUUCACGUCUAGCACCACAACACACAACUGCGAGGAAGAGCAGUACUGUGUACAUCCAGCAUGGCAAUGGCGAAGCCUCAGUUGAUCUUCCUCGAUUAUUAUUCGUCACAGUGGCGUGAUCUCGCGCUCUUUGUGUGGUGAUCAUCGCCGAUGACGAGAACGCCCCCGAGUGACAUCAUGCCCCUCCCGUGUCAGAUCAGGACCAAAGAAGCUCACCAUUGCUUACCUCUCACCCCCUCGACCUACCAUGAUACACUCGCCGUUACUCUAGCCUCUUGUUUAACGUAACUGCAGUACAACAACCUUCAACUCCAAAACCAUCAAAAUGGCCGCCACACUCCUCCCCCAUCACGCCCAAGCACCGCACUCCAUCCACGAGUACGCCGGGCUCGCCCGACCCCCUCACCUCUCCCGGCUCGAAGCCACGACCCACAAAACCGGCCACGUCGAACCGCUCAGCAUCGACGUCGACGACGCCCAAGGCGGCUUCGUGCCCGGCUUCCUGCACCUGCCCCCCGAUUUCUUCACCAACCCACCGGCGGCCGAGACAACCGACCCCUCCACCCCUCGAACCGCCCGCCCCGCCGCCACCCUCCCGCCGCACCACCACCGCACCGCCGCGCUCCUCCUCUCCGGCGCCGGCGGCGGCCUCGCCGGGCCCAGCUCCAUCUACCUCUCCCUCGCCUGCAAGCUGGCCACCCUCGGCCGCGGCAUCCCCGCGCUGCGGCUGGAUUACCGCUACCCGGGCCAGACGGCCCCUUGCACCGCCGACGCGCGCGCCGCGAUGGCUUACCUGAGAGAUAUGUAUGGAUUGGACCGGUUCGUGCUGGUGGGGUGGUCGUUUGGCGGCGCGGUGGUGUUUACUGCGGCCGAGGCGGAUGAGCGGGUGGUGGGGUGUGCCACGGUGGCGAGCCAGACUGCCGGGGCGGAGGGGAUUGGGAGGUUGAGGCCGCGGCCGGUGCUGUUGCUGCAUGGCAGUGGGGAUAAUACCCUGGAUGUGGGCUGCUCGCAGAGGCUGUUCCAUAUGUAUGGCGCGGGGGACAGGAUGCUGGAGGUGUUUGAGGGGGAUAAUCACUCGUUGAGCAAGCAUGCGGAGGAGGCGGAGGAGAUGCUGUGUGAGUUUGUGGCGAGGUGUGCUGGGGUGAGGGUGGAUGCGCAGGAGAGGAAGGAUGUGGUCGGCGCGGAGCUGGUUGAGGAUGGGGAGCGACAUAGGCUGAUGGAGAAGGGAGGGGAUUUGAGGGCGCCUGAGAGGGAAGACUAACUUGGUGUGAGGGUAUUCGUGCUGUAAGAUGUCAGUGAUUUACUAUGUUGGGAUAUGUGUAAGUGCAAAAAGCGUAUGUGGUUCUUGUUAUGGAGGGCACGAAAACAAUUCAGGGGUUAUGGGUUUCGGCUCUCCCAGGGACGGGGCAGACUGGACACAGUACAGUUAAAUGUAACAAACUUGCAAAAAAGCCGGCAACUGGCGCACACAACCAACCAUACUGCCUUCUACGGCCCUCUUUGCA